CCUGCCCCCCCUCUCCCUGCUACAGAAUGGUCUCGCCUGGGGGGGGUGGGGAGGAGGCACGCACGUGGGCUGGGCCGAGCGCGAGAGCGGCGUGAGGGGAAGGUGAGGCUUCGGUGGGUCUCAGUGGCCGCCGGGGCGGCGCGGCGGCCGCCGCCGUCGUCGUCGUCGUUCCUCCGCCUCGGCUUCCCGCGGGCCGGGCUCGCUGGGUGUGGAGCGGCCUGUCCUCCCGCAGGCUGUGCGCAGAGGCUGCCAGCCUAGGGAGGCCUGCAAGGGGCGGCGAGCGCGGCGCGGUCCGGCAUCCUCUGCGUCUGUGAGCAGGAUGCUGUGCUGAGGUGGAAGAUGGCUCUGUGGGCUCGGCAGGCCUCCCGCUGGUGUCACCUGCUGAAAGUCGCCUGUGCUGCUGAAUUUCCUGGGAGGCUGAGGGGCUGCAGCAGCACUGCACAGGCAUGUCACGGGUUUGCCCCUCGGGCUCUGCUGUCCUCUCCAAAUGACGUUCUUCUGUGGAGAUUGCAGGCAUACAGGCAUGUAUCUGUAGGAAGCUGUUCUCCACCUGACAGUGCCAAGGAUGGAUCCUUUUCUUCUCCCAAAAGUAACUUGCCUUUACCAGUAAAACAGGAACAAGCAAAACCAGAAACAUUACCUGAUCUGAAUGAAAAAACACUGUAUGAAGAUUGGGAUGACGUCCCACCUUUGUCUGCUUUGGAGGAGAUUUCUGAGGAAGAAGCCGUGCAGAUCGUUGCAGAACCUCUUCUUCCCCUUCAUUCUUCCACGCUCCGAGAUUAUGUUGACCACUCGGAAACCCUGGCAAAACUUGUCCACCUAGGAGUUGACUUAUCCCAAGUGGAGAAACGUCAAAAGGCAGGUCAACUGUUACUGACCUUGGACUUUGAAAAAGAUAUAAGAAAAAUACUUCUGUUUCUUAAGGAUGUGGGUGUAGAGGACAAUCAGUUGGGACCAUUCCUGACCAAAAAUCCAUACAUCCUUGGUGAAGACCUGGAAGCUUUGGAAACCAGAGUGGCUUACCUAAAAUCAAAAAAAUUUGGUAAGGCAGAAAUUGCUCAGAUGGUCUCAAGAGCUCCAUAUUUGCUGUUGUUUUCAGUGGAAAGACUGGAUAACAGACUGGGUUUCUUCAAAAAUGAACUUGGUCUCAGUGUAAAAAAGACAAAAGAUCUGGUAAUUCGUCUUCCAAGGCUACUGACUGGCAAAUUAGAGCCUGUAAAAGAAAAUCUUCAGGUUUGUCAGAUUGAACUUGGUUUUCAACGUAAUGAAAUUCAACAGAUUGUGUUUAAAACCCCCAAGAUUUUAACUGCAAGUAAAAAGAGACUCAGACAGACAUUUGACUACUUACACAACAUAAUGGGCAUUCCCCACCAAAUGCUUACUCGCUUUCCUCAGGUUUUCAACUCAAAGCUAUUACGAAUCAGAGAGAGACAUAUGUUUCUUACAUUCUUGGGAAGAGCCCAGUAUGACCCAGCACAACCCAGCUACAUCUCUCUGGACCAGCUCGUAUCCUUGCCCGAUGAGGUGUUUUGUACAGAGAUUGCCAAAGCUUCUAUACAGGACUUUGAAAAAUUCUUAAAAACACUUUAAUUAGUAACACAUGUAAAAAGGAAUAGAAUAAAGUUAUGAAAGAAAUAUAUUUUAUAAAACUGCUCCCUUUUAUGGUCUCUCAACUUCAUUACUGAUUUAAGAAGUUUUUGCUUAUGAAACCUUUGUAGGAUUUAAAGGCUUACAGUGAUACUCUUUAUGGUGACUUAAAAAUAUAUUUCAGAAGGAUUGAGUGAAUAUAUGUUGAUUGCUACUGAUGCAAUCCUUGUAAUUAAUUGCUAACUUAAUUCGGAGUGAAUGAUGCAGCAUACUAACAGAAAAGUAAAUUAAAGUGGAUUCUUCUUUUUUUUUUUUUUUUUUUCUUCCAAUAAUUUCAGAGUUUUAGGAGAGGGAAAAACUGGCUAGUGAUUUAUUCCCUGUUCUUCUCCCCUUACGUUCCCUCCCCAAAAGUUAGAAUAACAACUACUGUAGUAGCGAAGAAAUUAUGUGUUUACCUGCUUUUAUCUGAAAAGCUAAUAAUGUUCUUUUCCUUGCAUGGUAGAAAGUAGUACACCAUUACACAUGUGAAGCCCCUCAUGCAAAAAGGCAUUUUCUAACAUUACAAAGGUGUUUCUUUGUGAAGCUGGCUACUGAAGUUCAUAUCCUAAAAUCUAAGCAGUGAAACUUGGUUUGAAAUACCAAAGAAAAUCAAAGAAAAAACUGAAUCUAGGCAAAUUACAGAAAGAAAAUAAAACUAUAUAUGUCCCUGAAAUCUAGAAGGAGCUUAUUUUAAGUCACUUUUCACCUUGUUGAUGGGAAAAAGCAGUUCUUCCCUACCCCAAUGAGGUUUGUGUGGCUUUAGUAUACAAGUAACCAUAUGAAAAGAGGCUGUAGUAUAUAAUUAGCUGACAGAGUUAUCUUGCUCACUUAUAACAAGUGAAGUAAAUGUCAACAUUAGGAAUUGUGGGAGUAUUAAAAGUACUUAAUCUUACAGUAAAAAAAAUGUGUUAAUAUGGAAUUAUCAAAUGCUUCACAGUGUAUUUGAGCAAAGUGAAGAAACUGACUGAACCCAAAUGCUAGCUGUCUGAUAGUUCAUUGUUUAGAAGUUUCCAUUCUUUCAGUUAGAACAGUUCAGGAAACUGAAAUCCAGAUGUUUUCAUUUGGAUUUAAGCUUAUUUAAUGAAAAAUGUUUUAGAAGCUCACUGUUGGAGCUUAAAAUACCAAUUUGUAUGCAGAUAGCAGAAUAAAAUCCAAAAGGUUAAAUUCCCCUAAUAGGUGGGAAAUAAAUAGGUUAAAGACACGUUUAAAGAAUGACAAUAGUAGUGAUCUCUGGAUUAGGACUUGGGUCUUUUAUCCAAAAUAAAAAUUUGGAAUUUGAAUUACAACACCCAAGAAAAGGAGCGUUGUCAGAACAAGCAGGGUGCAAGAUGAUUUACUGGGGCAUCUUCACUUAAAACACAGUAAAAAGCCACAUUCAUUGUCUGCAAUAUAUAUCUGAGAUGCUUUCUUUUGUCUUUUGGUCUCUUGUUUCCCACUCCAUGGGCAUGGGAAGAUCACUUGAAAUCCUCUAUUAAGUAGACAGUUCUUGGUGGAGAUGCAUAACAAAUUUAAUCUCAAGUGGUGGCUGAAAUGUGAUGGCUAAAACUUUCCCCCACUCCCUGCUUUUAA